CUCUUCUCCGUCUUCACCAUUUCGAAAAAUCUCAAAACUUUACAGAGAUCCUUACACAUACCUUGCUCGCUUCCUCAAAACCCUAAUUCUCCGAUCUGUUAAACCUCCGAUCAGGAACCUUCUCCCGGAGAUUUCCCUUGUUCUUCCCAUUUCCGGUUUGUACCAGAUUCCGUGUUUCCUCGAUUUCUUCGUGGUUUCUUGGGGGAAUGGCAUUUCCGUGAAAUCAGUGAUGAUAUUAGUGGUGAGAAGUCAUUUCUAUCUAUGGGCGUAGUAGCUGAGGCGUGGAGGUCGACGACGAGCUCGACUCUGUCGCAGCAGCUCAACGGUGGCUCCUCCCACGGCGGAAACAAGAACGCGUUAUGGAAGUGGCGAUCUUUCUCGUCUCAGCCCAAGAGAACGGUAAUGUGGACAUGGGUUUGUGGUUUCAUGCUUUUCUCCUUAGGAGUCAUCUCACUCUUCACCGGCCACGUCGCCUCGCACCUGGAGUGGUAUUCUCAGCAAUUGACCAAACGGAGCUUACUGGAUAUGAGCCGUCGGGAACCAAUUGAUGUAUGGAAGUCAAAAUAUUCGAAGUUCUUCUAUGGAUGCAGUGAAAGAGGAAGGAAUUUCCUACCUGCUGUCCAGGAGAAAUCAUCUAAUGGGUAUUUGCUGAUUGCAGCUAGUGGAGGUCUGAACCAGCAAAGAACAGGAAUAACAGAUGCAGUGGUUGUUGCACGGAUUCUUAAUGCUACUUUAGUUGUACCCGAGUUGGAUCACCAUUCUUAUUGGAAAGAUGACAGUGACUUUAAUGACAUUUUUGACGUUAACUGGUUCAUCUCUUCCCUCACCAAAGAUGUGACUAUAGUAAAAGCAGUUCCUGACAGAGUCAUGCGGUCGAUGGAGAAACCUCCUUAUACCAUGCGUGUGCCUCGAAAGUCUACUCCUGAGUACUAUCUCGACCAAGUCUUGCCAAUUCUCUCGAGGAGACAUGUUUUACAAUUGACAAAGUUUGACUACAGACUAGCGAAUGAUCUAGACGAAGACAUGCAAAAGUUGCGGUGCAGGGUCAACUAUCAAGCUUUAAGAUUCACAAAGCGCAUACAAUCAGUUGGAAUGAAAGUGGUCAAGAAGAUGAGAAAGAUGGCCAAACGUUUUAUUGCUGUCCACUUGAGGUUUGAGCCUGACAUGCUAGCCUUUUCUGGUUGUGACUUUGGCGGGGGUGAAAAAGAGCGAGCUGAGCUGGCAGAAAUAAGAAAGCGAUGGGACACAUUGCCUGAUCUGGACCCUCUGGAGGAAAGAAAGCGUGGGAAAUGCCCUCUUACCCCUCACGAAGUGGGCAUAAUGCUGCGCGCUCUUGGUUUUACCAAUGACACAUACAUCUAUGUUGCGUCUGGAGAAAUAUAUGGUGGUGAAAACGCACUGAGACCACUCAGAGAGCUGUUUCCAAACUUUUACACAAAGGAAAUGCUUGCCAGUGAUGAGCUCAAGCCUAUGCUUCCCUUUUCUUCACGCCUUGCUGCCAUUGACUACAUAGUCAGCGACGAAAGUGACGUCUUUAUCACGAACAAUAAUGGAAACAUGGCCAAGAUUCUUGCUGGCCGAAGGAGGUACAUGGGGCACAAGAGGACCAUCAGGCCAAAUGCAAAGAAGCUCAGUGCUUUGUUCAUGGACCGAGAAAAGAUGGAGUGGCAAACUUUCUCCAAGAAAGUGAAAUCUUGUCAACGCGGAUUCAUGGGUGAUCCCGAUGAGUUCAAACCAGGACGCGGUGAGUUCCACGAGUUCCCACAAGCUUGCAUAUGUCAGAGACCAUUCUCUUACGACAAAAGCUCAACGGACGAUGAAGAAGAGGACAUACCAGAAGAGAUACACAACACCACCAGCUCUGGACAUGGACAUUUGUCUUUAGCAGACAAUGAGCACGAUGAAGUUUUCCCAGACUAGCAAUAUUGGUUCUGCUGCAACACUGCAGGUCGCUGGAUUUUAACUAUAACCAGCUGUUGUAAGGAGAUUGAUCAGCACAGGUAGAGGAGAGAGGAAAUAGCAGCUUUCCCACGUAGCUACUUGUUGAUUCAAGUGUUCAUAGAUACUUCUAUUGAAUAGGCAUACAUAACUCAGCUCUCUCUUUGUUACUUUCUGAUUUUGAAACAUCACCAAAAACUAUCUCGUGUUUGUAUUUGUCUUAUAUUAUUCCCUCAAUUCUAGUUUUUUUUUGGUGUUAAACCGGUUGUUUUUUUUUGUUUUUGUAUUCCUAGAUAUCCUGAAUUGUAAAAUCAAGU